UUCAAGACAGCUUCACUUAGCUAAUUUACAAUUUCUAUAAGCAACCUUUUUCCAUCUUUUGUCGUUACCUGAUAAACUAGAAAUCGUAUUUUGCAAUUAGCAUAACUUAGGGGAUUACACGUUAACAACUCUUUAUCGUCGUGAUCAAUCGUCCCCACAUGGUCUCGUUGGCAUAGACACGUGCUUGAGGUUCUCGUGAAUACCGCAUAUAAGUACAUUAAUUAGUAUAUAUACUUCAUAUUUCAUUAGGUGCCAUUACCUUAAUUAUAUUAUACCGAAAAUGGAGAUGAACCAAGAGGAGAACAUAGGAAUACAAGGCAAAGUCGUUGCCGUGACUGGUGGGUUGGGUUUCGUCGGUUCCGCCGUGUGCCUUGAGCUGCUCCGCCGUGGAGCUCUCCAGGUCCGCUCCUUAGACUGUCGCAAAACCUCUCCCUGGUCCGACCGUCUCAAAGAAUCGGGCGUCCACUGUAUAUACGGAGAUGUUGUGAGUAUAGAGAACGUAGAAAAUGCUCUUGAUGGAGUAGACUGUGUGAUUCAUCUUGCUUCUUACGGUGGUUCCGGUAAGGAAAUGAUUCAGACUCGUCGGAUAGAGGAGGUCAACGUCGAAGGUACUCGUAACGUUUUGGAAACCUGUGUUAAGAAAGGGAUCACGAGGGUUGUGUAUUUGAGCUCAAACGGUGUCGUUUUUGGUGGAAAAGAGAUUGAGAAUGGAGAUGAAACUCUUCCUUGUUUAUCUUCCAAUCAAUACGUCGGCCCGUAUGAUGAGACUAAAUCUGUUGCCGAACAGUUAGUUCUCAAGAACAACGGUCGUAUUGUCGAGAGUGGGCAUGGAAGUCUUUUAUCUACGUGUGCGAUUCGUUGUCCACUUGUUUACGGACCUGGUGAAGAGAAGUAUCUUGAUAGGGUAAUCUCUGAUGCAAGAUUAGGUUUAUUACUCUUCAAAAUCGGCGAUCCAAACUCGAAAACCGACUGGAUUAAUGUGGAUAACAUUGUACUAGCACUCAUGUUAGCGACCACCGGUUUAAUGUCUAAAUACUCUAAAGUUGCUGGGAAGGUCUACUUUGUUUCUGAUGGUACUCCUAUAAAUUUCUUUGAGUUUCUCCAGCCACUAUUGAAGAAUUUAGAAUAUGACUUGCCCAAGUCAUCGCUAUCUAUUCCACUUGCGGUUUCACUCGGAAAUAUUUGCAAAGCUAUAUACAUAAUGCUAUCUCCAUUGCUGAACCGACGGUGGAUUCCACAACCAUUGAUUCUUCCACCAGAAGUUUAUAAGGUCGGGGUGACUAACUACUACUCGAUCAACAAAGCCAAGGAAGAACUCGGGUACGAACCCAAGACACAACCGGACGAAGCCAUGACCGAAACUAUUAAAUACUUUAAAGACAAGAAGAGGAGAGAAGUCGGUGGACCGAGCAUAUACGCUUGGCUUUUCUGUGUGAUCGGUUUGCCUAGCAUUCUAUCGGUCGCAUGGCUACCUGAUAUUGGACCCAUACCGUUCCUUCGAGUCAUUGCGAUGUUCAUCUUCAGGUCGAUGUUGGCAUUGCGGAUAGCGUCGGGGAUUGUGGUGACAGCGCACGUGAGUGAGGCGUUCUAUGCGUUGGGGCUUGCUAGGAGAGUGGAUCCGAGGAACGCAACAGCUUGGUUUUGGCGAACGCUGCUUCUCGCUACUUUCUCCCUUCGUUUACUUUGGAAAAGAAGAGGCAAGGAAGGGGAGCAAACAGCAAUAAGAGAAGGUCUUUUAACCGACUCAAUGUCAGUUUAGUAACUGAAGAUUCGCCAUGCAGGUUUAUACCAUAUGAUUCAAGUAUUUUAAUUUAUGAUUUUAAUCAUUUUAGAAAAAUCUAAAAAUGACAAGAAUAAUCUGCUCUUGUUUUUAUAAUUUGUGUAUAUACUGUUGUGUGGAAAUUAAGUCAUUGUUUAUGGUUCAAAUCCUAUAUGUAGUUGUAUGUAAUGCAAUCUUUUUUUUUUUUUGUUCGUAAAAGUAUGUAAUGUAAUGUAUUUUCUGACUUCUGUACUAAUUUCAGUUUCUGAAUAAUAAAAAUAAUAAUGAUUGAUAUAUAAUUGAACAAAAUUUAUUUAUAUACAUUUCUAAAGGGUCACACAAUAUUAUACUUAUACAUAUGAAAAAAGUCACGAUUAUUUCAUUUAUUAACUUGUUAUAGCUUUAGAUUGUAUAAUAUUACAAAACAUUAUAUUUUGAAAUUUAAAUAAUUCAGAAAAUAUAAAUAAGUAAUAUCUCACUCACAUUGUCAGUAUAUAACUUGCAAUGUAUAACUUUAGAUUGUAGAAUAUUACAAAAAAAAAUUAUAUUUCGAAAUUUAAAUA